GUUGCCUUUUAGAAAACCAGCGCACACCCAAUGACAAUUAUCUUCUAAAUAACCCUUGUUCAUCAUAGAUUUCCUCAUUGUGUUUGUCGUUUUCUCAGGAUGCCUGUAGAGACGCGUUCAAUCAGAGACAGGUCUUCAGUGGGUCGGUUUCCUACUGUCACUCUUUUUGGUAUUGGGGAGGACACAGAGGAGGAAAAGGAAGAACCAGAAGAAAACAACGUUGAGAAAGAAAACGCGUGUCGUCAGUGGCUGCGCAAGGUCUGCCCGUGCUGCUGCCCGAAGCCAAAUGACGAUGACAUCACAGACACUCUGGUUACAGGGAUUGAUGAUGUGGACAAGGAGGAAGGGACAGACGGCGAGAAGCCUGUGACUGGUGAUAGCGAGCUUGAUGAACUCCUCCUCAAGGUGCGAUCAAUAGACCUGAUGAAAAGUAAAUUGGGGCAGAACCGUUUGGAGCAUCACACAAAUCUCUACCAGAGUGAUGAUUUUAUUAUCCGCAGAGGGCAGAAUUUCCUGAUGUGGAUUACACUGUCUCGACCUUUUGACCCCAACACUGACAAACUUCACCUUGAACUUAAAACAGGGCUCCUGCCAACAGUGUCAAAAGGAACCCAUGUUAUUGUCCCUUUGGUGGAAGACUUGGAGGACGAUCGCUGGGAGGCUGCCAUUGUGGAACAGAAGGACAAAAGGAUAAAGCUGUCAGUCAAUUCUCCACCUACAGCAGUCAUCGGUCGAUAUCAACUCAUAGUGGAAACAACUUGCCCGAAUGGCCAGGCCACUUCCACGCAUGACCCUGCUAAUGACAUCCACAUGCUGUUCAACCCCUGGUGUGAAGAUGACACAGUGUUCAUGGAUGAUGAAGAUGAGAGGAAGGAGUAUGUCCUGAACGAUGUCGGGCGAAUCUACUAUGGCACCAAGGAUCAAAUUGGAGUGAGGACCUGGAACUAUGGACAGUUUGAUGAUGGGAUUCUUGCUGCUUGCCUCUUUCUCCUGGAAAAGAGUGGGACUCCUCCAUCUGGUUGGGGAGACCCGAUUAAUGUUGUGAGAGUCAUCUCAGCCAUAAUCAACUCCCUUGAUGACUUUGGUGUUGUGAUGGGAAACUGGUCAGGAGAUUAUUCAAGUGGAACUUCUCCAACAGUUUGGAGUGGAAGUGUAGAAAUCCUGAAGGAAUACCAUAAAAACAAUGGCACCCCCGUUAAGUAUGGCCAGUGCUGGGUUUUUGCUGGCAUAGUGACUACAGUUUUACGGUGUUUGGGUAUUCCUGGUCGAACUGUGACCAACUUCAGCUCAGCCCAUGACACAGACGUCUCCUUGACAACGGAUAUCUACUUCGACGAGAACCUGGAUCCUAUAGCUCAUCUCAAUGCAGACUCUAUCUGGAACUUCCACGUGUGGAACGACUGCUGGAUGGCUCGUCCAGACUUGCCUCCAGGCAUGGGAGGCUGGCAAGCGGUUGACGCCACUCCUCAGGAGACCAGCCAAGGCACCUUCCGCUGUGGCCCUGCUUCUCUUGCUGCUGUCCGCAAUGGUCAAGUGUACCUCAAACACGACGCUCCGUUUGUGUUUGCUGAGGUGAACAGUGACAAAAUCUACUGGCAGAGGAACCUGGAUGGGACCUUCACUCAAAUCUUCAGUGAGAAAAAGGCUGUGGGCUACUCCAUCAGCACCAAAGCUGUUGGCUCUGAUGAGCGCAGUGAUAUCACACACCUUUACAAAUACCCUGAAGGCACAGAGGAGGAACGCAUUGCUGUGGAAACAGCAUGUCGCUAUGGCUCCAAGUCAGAUGCCUAUUCCUCUCCCAUAGCAGAGGAUGUCUCUGUAGAAGUGACCAUGGAUGGUGAAGGUCCUAAAAUGGGAAGAGAUGCAGAGCUGACCAUCACAUUGCGAAACAGCAGCUCAGAGAAUCGUAAAGUCAUGUUGCACAGCCAAGCAGCGGUCAUGUACUACACCGGUGUCCACAAGGCCACUGUUAUUAGGGACAAGACAGAUGUGGACUUGCUGCCCAAUGAGGUAAAUAUUUUGGAGUGGACCCUGGAGUACAAAGACUACAAAGACGAACUGGUGGACCAGGCUGCCCUGAUGCUGACACUGUCAGGCAGGGUCAAAGAAACACAGCAGGUCUUGGCCACUCAGUUCAGUUUCCGACUCAGGACCCCAGACCUCAUCAUAAAACCCAUCGGGAAGGCUGUGGUCGGGGAGAAGAUGGCAGUAGAGAUUACAUUCACUAACCCACUACCACAGGUGCUGAAAGCAGUGAUGUUCCACGUGGAAGGACUGGGCCUUCUAACUGCUCGAAAGAUUAAUUAUGGAGAUAUUGGCAGCCGUGCCUCCGUGUCUCUGACUGAGCACUUCGUCCCCACCCUGCCUGGGCCGAGGAAAUUACUGGCUUCACUGGACUGCAAGCAGCUCACACAGGUGCAUGGUGUGACCGACAUCACUAUACAGAAAAAUAGCAACGGUGCUCUACAGUGAUUCAAAAACAAAGGAACUUUGACUCUGAAUGUUGAGAGUCAUUUCCUCCAUAUAGACACAGACAGAAUUUCUGUCUUUUUCCAUAUAAUUUAUAUGUGGAACUAGUAUUUAUAUAUACAAAGUUAUGACACUGCAGUGCAGCUUUAUUUUACAUGGAAAUUUCGAAAUGACUAAUCACCACAGAGAGAAAACUAAUCAUCAAACAUCUAGGAAAAAUACAGGAUUUGUAGGUCUUUACCUCAGAAUGGACAGAACUUUUUGUAUUUUAUGAAAACCAGUAUUAGUUUGCAAUAAAUUCCUUUAUAGUUUAAUUUGGAGAAUUUUAUGACAAGGCUCUACAGUAUACUGGUGUGUAGGGUGCAGUGAUUCCUAUUCCUGAGUCCCACAGUAACUGCAGAUGUUGGACAGUGUGGCAGCUUUAAUGCAAGAUGUGUGCUUUUGUGAAGUUAUAUUGAAAUUAUGAUUUGUAUUUAUAAAUGCUAUAUAUUUAUUUUGUUUACAUUGCCAUG